AUGGCAAUCUUUACAAAAGACAAGUUUGACGAUGCCAAGCUGAGUGACAUGCUUGGCCAUUUCGCCAAACUCCCAAUUGAACUACGUCUGUUGAUAUGGGACCUCGUCUUUCUCGAAAUUCACCCGUACCCACGCCGACGUAUCUCACCCCAAACCAACAUUCUCUCUAUCCUCCGUUGCAGUCGCUAUCUCUACUGUGAAAUUUCUCAUCGUCUUUACAAUAACAUCUCACCCGCUCUCCUCGUACGCCGGGUGGACGACAAAAAAUGUUGGAUAACUGCGGGCAUGUUUUCUAACAAAAUUCAUGCCCAGUGGGACUUGGAGAGCAAGGGUGAUACUCAAAGGCAUAUAGCCAGUCUUCCAUUCGACAAACUUCGUGAUUCAUACCUGUUCAUCGAAAUUCGCCCCUCUUCUCGACAUGACCCAGGUCAAAUCAUCCAGAUGUGGCAAAAACUAAAUUACAUAGUCGACAUCAUACAAGAGUUGCCACAACCACCGUGUGUGCGAAUAUCGCUUCUGGGAAGAUGGACAGUCCAAAAACGGACACGGGAGAGCAUCAAAUACACCAAGGGAUAUCGACCUGACCAUGACAUCGUGAUGUUACCUUUCACUCGCCUGUCACGGUGGGAGUACAGUCUACCGUCAAAUCUGUCAAAAGUGAUCUCACGCGAGUCAAGUAACCGAGAGCAUUCUCUUCUAUAUCGAUUCAUGGCAUUUGAAAGCUUGAAUAGCGAUGGUUUUGCCCGAGUUGAUAUGACACUGAUUACGGAUAUCGAUCACCUGCGCAUUGAUACGCGCAUAUUCCUCGACUCGUGGCUCGGUUGUGUUGAAGGCAAGACAGCAGAUCUCCUCCGUUUGGAACGAUUCAAACAUUGGUAUGAACCAGGCGACAGUUGGAAGUCUGCCUACGAAGAGCAGUACCUCGCAGAUCUUGUCGCCAAUUUUUCAAUCGUUCGGAAGCAUGACGGCCAACUUUUGUGGGCUAAAAAAAGAUUUGAGAUGCUGAUUCUCAUGCACCAUAUAGCAUGGGCGGCACAAGAUUCCAUCACCAAUGUUUUCGAUUCCUUAGAUGCCAAGCAGCUAACACCGUACACCAAGUGGGACCCUGAGGUUCUUUCGAAAAAGUGGCCCAAUGGCGUCGGCAUGCCUGUUGAGACAUUAUCUGCACCUAUAUGGAGGGAAAGGAAAACUAUUGUCGAUGCCUACACCCAAAAGAAUACUAAGCGAAGGGACUUCUGGGACGAGCUGGAAUGGUGGGGAUGGGAUGCUUCUUUCUUUUUAGAGGAACCGAUUUCUGAAGUCAUGACGAACACGGGGCUCCUGGGACAGCCUCUGGCACUGGAUCCUGUCGCCACGGGCAUGAAAUGGUUAGAAGAAGAAAAUUGA